CGAGUCACUCGCCCAAAGCUUCCUUCCCACCGAGACGGCGUAUGCAGAUUGUCACCUUUCGCUCCUACCAUCCAUACUCUCCUCUUCCAAACGCAGAACAUCGUCUGAAAGCACCCUAUACUUAUGCCAACCGAUUGGGCUUAACGCAUCAACCAAUACAGACUUCGAUUCAUCCUCGCAUGUGCCUGUGACGACAUGCCAUCCAUCGCCCUGCGACAGAGCAGGCGAUGUAAACUGACAGAUCCGCGCCCUUACCUGGCGAAUAUUCCCCGUACCUCGUAUACGAAGUUUCAGUUUCGCGCUGGUACAAACGCAUCAUGGCGUCCUGUUUCAAUCCUUGACGACUGGGUCGCGAAAGAAGCUCGACCUAUCAGUCUCCGCCAACUUAUGGUUUUUGGUCGCUCUCUUACAGAAUCUCGUCUGAUAAGCUCGGCUAACUAUGUUCGCACCGAAUUGCCUACACGAAUUGCGCAUCGGAUCCGAGAUAUGCAACGUUUACCCUAUGUCGUUACUAUGAACCCACAUAUUAAGGAGGUUUACGACCUCUACUACCACGCCUUCGAUACAUUCCGCAAAGUGAAAGAGGUUAAAACAUUGGAGGACAACGACAAGCUGUGCGAACUCAUCAGCCAUAACCUAAAGGGCCACUUGACUGUGAUACCGAAGCUUGCUAUGGGAAUCCUAGAAUGCGGUGGUCUCAUGAGUCCUCAAGAUCUGGAUAACUUCAUGAACACCAUUCUUAGAUCGCGCAUUUCUAGACGUGUCAUCGCUGAGCAGCAUCUUUCACUAACAGAAACCUACAACUCCCCUAACUUCUCUCCCGGAGCCAAACUUUCCGAAUCCGACUUCAUCGGCGAAGUGUUUAUUAAGUGCUAUGCUAAGGAUGUUGUCGAGCGCUGUUCUAAAGCCAUCACUAUUCUUGCCCGCACAACGAAUGGCCCUGACGUCCAGAUUCCCGAAAUCACAGUUGAUGGCCAUCUCGAUGCCUCUUUUCCUUACAUUCUAAGUCAUCUCGAGUACAUCAUUGGCGAGCUCCUCCGCAACUCUGUCCAGGCCGUCAUUGAUCGACAUCAGAGAGUCCAUUCGGACCCUGACAGUGUGAAGCCGCCCCCUGUGGAGAUAACCAUCUGCGAGAACCAGCAACAUGUUAUCAUCCGCAUAUGCGAUCGUGGUGGUGGUAUCCCUCGUGCUGAACUGCCACAUCUCUGGUCUUUCAGCAAGGGUCCGCAAAGCCAAAGACGUCUCGAGAAUCUUGCGCAGGUGCCGAAGAUGGCAGCAACGAUGCAGGAGCUUCACGUAGAGGAGGAAUUGGGGCGUGCAGAUUUGAAAGCACCGCCUUAUCAAAGUUCAUUAUCGUCUCUCACCAGUCGGCCGCCCAACCUGCGUCUCGGCAUGGGUUUACCUCUGAGCCGUGUCUAUGCUGAGUAUUGGGCUGGAAAUCUUGACUUGCAUAGCCUCGAGGGCUACGGAACGGAUGUCUUCCUGCAGAUUUCGCGACUUGGAAAUAAAAACGAGCAACUGACAACACGAGCCAGCAUGGACGCCUUAUAGCACUGGGGGUCUGGGGUAAUAUCCUAGACGGAAAGACUGAGAUUGACUUCAAACCUGUAGUGAUUUCAAUAUUGUACUCAGAGGACACUGUAUUUCUUUUUGGGUAUGAAUUUGGUCAGUUUGGCCUAGAGCAUGGAGUUUGGUGGCUGUUUUCCCCGGUUCACAUUUGGUUAAUGGGACUCUUGCAACAUUUCAUGGAAUAUUGAAUAGCAACCAGAGGUGUUAUGCAAUGGAUUGAAACCUUCGAAUCUCAAACUGGUAUCAUAAAAU